ACCGCUGCUGGAAGGAUGACCGCCCCUGCCGAUCUGCUCACUGCCAUUUAUGCUUGUUGUGGCAUCGCCGGAGCUCCACGCCGCUGCCACUGCCACCAGAUACCGCCACUGAGGCCUAAGUCUGUUUGGUUAUACACUCACCGCUGCUGCUUGUGUGGCUACACCGUGGUGUUUAUAGCUGCCGUCACAGUCACCGCCCGAAUGCCCUGGAAUUUCUAUUGUCUUGCCCCAAUUCAAGUUCAAUGUCACUACCCUGUUUCGGUGUUGUCUUGAACUUUCAGUGCUGUUCCUACAUUUGAUUUCAUCAAAUUCGAAUCCUGCUGCAACCAUUGUCAUUACUGUAGAAAAAUUGACGCUGUUGUAAAUUAGGAAGAAAAGGGGAUUGUCGCGUUUAAAUUCCACGAUUUUGGCUAAUCGAGGUAGGGAUUUUUCUUAAAAUCUAUUUUACAUUACAGAGUUGUGAUAAAUAGAUAUUGAUGUAAAAAGAUAUACUUCUGUGAUUAUAUUUGUCUUGUGGAUGUGAUGGUUUGUUAGACUGGAUUAUUGGGUGCUUGAUUGCGGGAGUGGUGUAUGGUUGUUGAUAAAAACCGGUUUGAAACGUUAUUUACUUGUUUAUUAUGAAAG